GGGGUGCUCCCGUUCGGCUCCAUCUUCAUCGAGAUGUACUUUGUCUUCACCUCCUUCUGGAACUACAAGUUUUACUACGUCUACGGCUUCAUGCUGCUCGUCUACCUCAUCCUCGCCGUCGUCACCGUCUGCGUCACCAUCGUCGUCACGUACUUCCUGCUCAACAACGAGGACUACCGCUGGCCGUGGGUCGCCUUCGCCUCCUCCGCCUCCACCGCCGGCUACGUCUUCCUCUACUCGCUCUACUACUUUGUCGUCAAGACGAAGAUGUCGGGCUUCUACCAGACAGUCUUCUACCUCUGCUACAUGGGCAUCUUCAGCCUCGCGCUCGGGCUCAUGUGCGGCGCGCUCGGCUACGGAGGGUGCCGCCUCUUUGUCCGCCGAAUCUACUCGAACAUCAAGAACGAU